AUGAAUAGUAAACUUGAGUUGUGUUUUAACAAUAAUAAACAAUCAAGAGAAGAUUUGCCCGAUUCUAAGCCCUUGUCUCGUAAUUCCUCAAUGAUGCUUUCACAAGAAGAGAGAGAUAAAUUAUUUGGA